AUGAGUAGUAUCUCACGUCCCAUUCGUCGUUCACGACGUAACGUUAACAUAGCAACAACAAGCACAAUGCAUCCAGAUGACAUGAUAUCAAUGGACUCAUCCGGUGGCGACACAUCACCUCCCACGCGACGGCGCCGUCUUAAUACUGACGAUCCCAUGGAGGGAUGUUCUAAAAGCGAAGGAGUCAGCACAAGAAGGAAAACUGAUGCGAAAAUAGAGCUAGGAGUACGGCUUAUGGCUCAAAUGCGAUACAUCCAUAGUAAUAGAAGAAAUGUUGCAUUAGAGAGGACAAAUAUUGGAAAUGAAAGUGAGAGUGAAAUUAAUCCUGGCAUUGUUAACAGCGAAUUGACAUUUGAAGAUGGAGUAAGUCUCGGAAUAUCUCUUAAUUCGCUGUUAGGUCCAGAAGCAAAACCAGAAGAUAUUGUCACCCGAAAGCAACACGUCCGACCAGUUUUGGAUGUACCAGAAGCAUCUCUUUCUCCCAUUGAAAUAAAAGUGGAAGAAAACAGCGCAGCAUCGCCCUGCUCUUCAUAUUUGGAGCAACAGCCAUCAACUUCAACAAUUACAGCACAUCCUGCAUCGUCGAUACCUUCAGCCACAGCUCAUUCUACGCCUCGAAGUUCCUCAGCGGCCGGAGUAGAGUCAAGUGUUGAACGAGUGGCUAAACAAGAAGCUCAAGUAUUAGCCCGAAUUGCCGAACUUCGAAGACAGGGUCUCUGGACAGCUUCCCGAUUACCAAUGAUUGAAAUGCCUCCAAGAAAUAAGACACAUUGGGAUUACUUGCUGGAAGAAAUGCGCUGGAUGGCCAUAGAUUUUCGUCAGGAACGAACUUUCAAGCGCCAAGCAGCAAAAAAGUUCUCCUCUCAAAUUGCCCGAAUGUUACGAGAUCGAGAACAGGAAAAGGAACGAUCAGAGCAACGGGCUGUGCGAGAAGCAAAGCGCAUAUGUGCGCUCAUCGCAAAAAUGGUUCGAGACUUCUGGCAGAAUGUUGACAGAGUGGUUGAUUUGCAUGCACAGGAAAUAAUUGAAUCGAUGAAGCGAAAAGCGUUAGACCAGCAACUGGAAGUGAUGGUGGGUCAUGCUGAUAAAUUAAGUGAAAUGGUGCAGGAAGGUUUAAUAGGCGAAAGAUCAAGCAGAGCAUCGUCGCUGCGGAGUGGUGAUAUUACCAAAGAUGAAGAUGCUGCAAGUUUUUCAACUGAUUCGGAUGAUAUUUCACUUUCGGAUGCUGAAGCAGUGGAUGGAAAUGUUGAGGAGGAAAUGCAAGGAUUGAUGGCCGAAGGAAAUCUUGAACUUGAUGAUUUUCUUGACUCGCUUCCUCGUGGGUAUUUGGAAAGUAUUUCGAAGUCGAGGCAUGAGCAAGAUUUAUUUGAAUCGACACAGGGCACAUCUGCAGAUUACAAACGCCCAGAAGGAAGCGAAGUUUCUACUGAAUAUACAGCAUCGGAAAUCACACAGGAGGAAGACUCGACACGUCACAGUGCAUCCAUUACGCAAAGCAUUUCAUCUGUAUCAGAAAAAGAAACGCUUGAUCCUACGCACAUGGAAAAUGCAGAAAAAGGCGCUAUAAGCGCUGCGAUAAAUUAUGAUCGGCUGACAUCAGAAAAUAGUGAAGAGAGACAAAAGGAAUUAGCGAAUAUUGCUGAGGAAGCUUUAAAAUUUCAGCCAAAAGGAUUCACUUUGGAAACUACUCAAGUAAAGACAGAAGUACCAUAUCUGGUUAGGGGCACAUUGAGGGAAUAUCAAAUGGUUGGUUUGGAUUGGUUAGUGACUUUGUACGACAAUGGCUUGAACGGCAUCUUAGCUGAUGAAAUGGGUUUAGGAAAAACAAUACAAACAAUAGCAUUGCUUUCUCAUUUGGCAUGCAAAGAAUAUAUUUGGGGCCCACAUCUUAUUGUUGUACCAACGUCAGUGAUCUUGAAUUGGGAAAUGGAAUUUAAAAAAUGGUGCCCGGCUUUCAAAUUGCUUACUUAUUUUGGUAAUCAAAAAGAGAGAGCUGAGAAGCGGAAGGGUUGGUCUAAAAUGAAUGCUUUCCAUGUUUGCAUUACUUCAUACAAAAUUGUUACGCAGGAUAUUCGGUCAUUUAAACAUAAGACUUGGCAGUAUUUUAUCUUGGAUGAGGCACAAAAUAUUAAAAAUUUCAAAAGUCAGCGUUGGCAAACAUUGUUAAACAUUCGAGCUCGCCGUCGUUUACUUUUAACGGGUACUCCGCUGCAGAAUUCUUUGAUGGAGCUUUGGUCACUUAUGCACUUUCUGAUGCCAGCUAUUUUUGCAUCGCAUAAUGAUUUCAAAGAUUGGUUUAGUAAUCCUCUAAAUGAUAUGAUGGAAGGUAAUGCUGAAUGGAAUGCUUCUCUAAUACAGAGACUUCAUAAAGUACUCAGGCCAUUUAUUUUGCGACGUCUGAAAAGCGAUGUGGAAAAGCAGUUACCUGAGAAAACGGAACAUAUUAUCCAUUGUCCUUUAUCGAAGCGGCAACGAUGUCUUUAUGAUGAUUUCAUGUCCAGGAGAUCGACGAGAGAAAAUUUGCGAUCAGGCAGUGUUAUGUCAGUAUUAAAUAUUGUUAUGCAGCUUCGGAAAUGUUGCAACCAUCCAAAUUUGUUUGAACCGCGACCGAUAUUGUCACCUUUUGUGAUGCAACCUCUUACCAUUACUUUGCCGGGUAUACUGUUAAACAUAUGUCAGGGAAGAGACCUCGAAGAAAUAGAUGUUUUGGAUCUUUUCAAAUUUUCACCUUCUUGUGGUUCUCUCUUUGCAUGCAGCGAAGGACGUCAUUUAGCUAUUAAUGAACAAAUGUUGAACGAUUAUCUUUCAAGCCCAGUGGAUAUGCCAAUGCCAAAUUUAGGAGGGUUUCAUUUCUCACGACCACCACCACAGCUGCAUCCACAACCGCAAACGAGAGAAGGAUCAAAAGUUUUUAUGCCAGUUCCACUGCCAUCAGCGGGCAUUCCACGAGGAAAUGAGCUCUAUGUUUCAGUUGAUGAUCUUGGUAAUGCACGGGUUUAUCAACUGGUAGUUGAUAGUACAGGUGGUCAUACAGUUCGUGAAUGUGAACCAAAUUCUGUAGCUGGUAACCGUCUUUUAGUUUCCAGUGCAACAACUUCACAGAAUACUCCUGCUGCCAGGACAUCAACUGAGGUCGCAGGACAAUCAACACUGCAAACAUCGCCAAAACUUUUGUCAGUAAAACAGACCACAGUAGAGCCAACAACUACAUCUUCAUCCACAGCUGUUCCCUUACUCAAACCAGCUUUUCGGUCCACAACAAUUUUAUCUCAAACGCGCUCUUCAACUGAUACCUGUUUAAAGGCUACUGGGACGGUGAACAAUGGCUGCACAUCACUUCCUGAAACUCAUAUUGCUGCAACAUUUCCGAUAAAUCGAGCACAACAAGUGAAGUUAUUGGAGCCGGAAUCUGCUAGUGUGGGUAAUACGGGUAGCGCAAUUGAUACCAACCGAGUUCAAGUUGAAGUGAUUGAAAUUGAUCAAGUGAAACCAACCGUAGCAGUGGAACAGGCCGAUGAAAAAUUAGGCUUAUAUGACUUUCUUAUUUUGCCGGAUACAUCGAAAGCUGUGGAACAGGCAAAAGUAGAAAGUUUGCAGCGCUGUGCAACAAUUUGCUCUCGACGUUUAUUAUUUCCUAAUGUUUGUCGUACACCGUUGGUAUCAGAUGAACUAUUAUCUGUCAUCAAAAAAGAAUUAGGUCGGACGAAACAUCAUCGUUACAAUUUAUCAACAAUAGAUUCGUUAGGAUGGUUGACACAGUCGUUGGUUGAUUGGACUAGUGAUGCAUCACAAAGGUUCACUGUUUUCGUACAUGGCGCUUUAGCAGAUGAACCUGUUUUGCAAAUUAAUACUACCGGAUGCCAUGCCUACAUAAGAAAAGAAUGGGAUGAUUUGAAUGAAGAAUGUCAUCGGAUGGUGUUGAAUUCUAACAGAAUAUUUUCUAAUAUAGAUAUGAUGCAGAAGCUCCAGUUUCCGGAAUUACGAUUAAUUGAAUAUGAUUGUGGUAAACUCCAAGUACUAAACAGCUUGUUGCAUGACCUCUUCCUUUACAAACAUCGCUGUCUAAUUUUUACACAGAUGGCACGGGUUUUGGAUAUCUUGCAAGCUUUCUUGUCGUUCCAUGGUUAUCAGUAUUUUCGUCUGGAUGGGACGACUGGAAUUGAACAGAGACAAGCAAUGACUGAACGCUUCAAUGCCGACCCAAAGAUUUUCUGUUUCAUUCUAUCAACUCGAUCGGGUGGCAUAGGUGUUAAUUUGACUGGAGCAGAUACGGUGAUUUUCUAUGAUUCCGAUUGGAAUCCAACUAUGGAUGCACAAGCGCAAGAUCGCUGUCAUCGUAUUGGUCAGACACGAAAUGUCACAAUCUACCGUCUAGUUAGCGAACGAACAAUUGAAGAAAAUAUUCUGCGAAAAGCGAUGCAGAAGCGACGUCUCGGUGAAAUGGCUAUUGAUGAGGCGGGAUUCACGCCGGAAUUUUUCAAAGGGGAUAAUGUAAGAGACUUGUUCGAAGGUGUUGCAAAUGUAACCGAUGUCGUUGUUCCAGUGGCUGUGAUGGAUAAUAAAGAAAUUGAAAAAGCCAUGGCAAAAGUUGAGGAUAUACAAGACGUUCAUGCAGCACAGCGAGCGAAUGCUGAAGUAGAAGCAGAUAUUGCAGAAUUCGAUGAAAAUGGUUUAAUAGCUUCCGUUGAGAACAAUCAAGAAAAAAUUGAAUCGAAAUAUUUAGAACUAAUAAAUCAAUUAAAACCAAUCGAACGGUACGCAGUCAAUUUUCUGGAAGCGGAAUACAAGCCAGAAUUUGAAGAAGAAGUAAAAGAGGCUAAGGCUAUGAUUGAUUCAAAAAAAGAUGAGUGGAUGAAAGCUCAAGAAGACGCGAUGGAAGAAGACAAUGGUGAUAACCAGAGCGAUGAUGAGAUCUCAUUGACAUAUCUUACUGGUUCCGACGUUCCUGGUUCUGUGGACGAGGUACGCUCAAAACCAUCGGCAUCACGUUUAGCUACACUUAGGCCUCAAUUGCAUAAGUCACAUUCACACAACUUACGCUCAACAACAUUCUCUUCGUUGAAAAUACGUUCGUCUCCACGUGUUUUUCAGAAUAAGGCAACACAAUCUAUUUCGGAAAGUACGGCUGCUACCAAGACAGCAGUAACUAAAUUACGGAAAACGACAGAUAAAAUUAGUGUUCAAGUUCAGUCCGAAUCUGAGACCAAUUUAUCUUCAUUAGUUUCAAAGUCACAACCCAAGUCUUUUAUUCAAAAGUUGUCGACCGAGAAGUUGCCUAAAGCAGCGCUAUCACGGCAAACGAGAUUGGGUGUGAAAGAAAGUUCCUGUGCAAGAGUUGUCCCUCUUUCAGUUGCUUUCACCAAAUCAUCGAAUGCAAUGUGCUCUGUGCCCAGUUCCACUCGUAUAUCAAAUUCUUCAGUUUCAUCCUUUAGUACAUCAUCGUUUCCAUUGUUAUCGUCCACUUCCAGUUCUAAGACUUCAUCCAGGAUCAGUGAUUUUACUAGUUUCUCGCCGUCAUUAUCAGCCUCUUAUUCGGUUGUGGGAGGUGACAGGACAUCACUGGUUCGUCGUCAAACAUUCUCGUCACCAUCUGUUACAAAUUCAUAUAGAUCAUCGCAGCAUCUACAUACUGCCGCUGGAUCGUCAAAAAUUUCAACCCAAGCAACAGCGAUAAGAAGACGAUGUGAAAGUGGAAGCUUUGAAUUUGUGAAACCAGUUUCUUCGAUACAUAGGGCUUCAAAUCAUCAGUCUCUGCCGGGAAUGCGAAUAAAACCGACAUUAGGUGACUAUGAACGGCCCAGACUGUGUUUGCGGAAACGUGGUGAGUCUAGGAGUGGUGAGACUGAGUCCUCAUCCAUCUCGAAUACGGGUUCCGAAAACAUUUCAGAAUCUGGAUAG